AUGAAGGUCCGCCCUACCGUCUCUUCCUCCCGCCGCAAGGCGCGCAAGGCGCACUUCUCCGCUCCCUCGAGCGUGCGCCGCGUCAUCAUGAGCGCUCCGCUCAGCAAGGAGCUCCGUGAGAAGUACAACGUCCGGAGCAUCCCCAUCCGCAAGGGCGACGAGGUCCAGAUCGUUCGCGGCGCCCACAAGGACAAGGAGGGCAAGGUCACCUCGGUGUACCGCCUCAAGUACGUCAUCCAUGUCGAGCGCGUCACCCGCGAGAAGGCCACCGGUCAGACUGUGCCCAUCGGCAUCCACCCCAGCAACGUGGUCAUUACCAAGCUGCACCUCGACAAGGACCGCGAGAACAUCCUUGCCCGCAUCAAGGCCGGCCGCGAGCAGGUCGCCAAGGCCAAGGGCAAGAAGACUGCUGCUUGA